ACGCUGCUUAACUUGAGUUGUUUGGGCUGUCUACGAGGACAGAAGUGUAGCUGGCAGUGCUGAGAGGGUUUCCGUUGAUGUUGUUGCUCCUGGGCCGCAGGGUUCCGCUGUCAUCCGUACACAGACUCAUUACCUGCUGUCCAUCCUCAGUACCGAGGCCCCCGGUAGUCAGCUCAGUCCUCCUCAGACUCAGAGCCACCACCACAGUCACCAACAGCUCCGUCUUCGUUAGCGCAGCCGGCCAAAACACAGCAACCAUGCCCGAAAGGAGGCCCUUCGUACGGUUACCGACUGACGUUUACCCCGUCAACUACGGCUUAUGUCUGAAGCCCGACCUCAUCGACUUCACUUUCGAGGGCAAGCUGGAGGCGCUGGUGGAGGUUACACAAGCCACAAAUCAGAUUGUGAUGAACUGUGCGGACAUCGAUAUCAUCACAGCUUCCUUUUCACCACAGGGAGGAGAAGAAAUUAACGCCACAGGAUUCAACUAUCAGAACGAGGAUGAAAAAGUCACACUGUCGUUUCCUAGCGCUCUACAGAAAGGCUCCGGCACGUUGAAGAUAGACUUCGUUGGAGAGUUGAACGACAAAAUGAAGGGAUUCUAUAGAAGUAAAUACACAACCUCUGCUGGAGAGAUCCGCUACGCUGCUGUCACACAGUUCGAGGCCACGGAUGCUCGCAGAGCUUUCCCGUGUUGGGACGAGCCAGCUAUCAAAGCCACCUUUGACAUCACGCUGAUAGUCCCCAAGGACCGGGUCGCCUUGUCAAAUAUGAAUGUCAUUGAUCGAAAGCCAUAUCCAGAGGACGAAAACCUUGUGGAAGUGAAGUUUGCCACCACACCCAUCAUGUCCACAUACCUUGUAGCUUUUGUCAUUGGUGAAUACGAUUAUGUUGAGAGCCAAUCAUCAGACGGUAUAAUGGUACGCGUCUAUACACCCGUUGGGAAGGCAGAACAAGGGAAAUUUGCACUGGAGGUUGCAACGAAGACUUUACCUUUCUACAAAGACUACUUCAGUGUUCCUUAUCCAUUGCCUAAAAUUGAUCUCAUAGCUAUUGCUGAUUUUGCUGCUGGUGCCAUGGAAAACUGGGGCCUUGUUACUUACAGGGAGACCGCUCUUCUCAUCGACCCCAAGAACUCCUGCUCUUCCUCCAGGCAGUGGGUGGCGCUGGUGGUCGGACACGAACUGGCCCACCAGUGGUUUGGGAACUUGGUCACCAUGGAAUGGUGGACCCAUCUGUGGCUAAACGAGGGGUUUGCGUCCUGGAUCGAGUAUCUGUGCGUGGAUCACUGCUUCCCAGAGUACGACAUCUGGACACAGUUCGUCUCAGCAGACUACACCAGAGCUCUGGACCUGGACGCACUGGACAGCAGCCACCCCAUAGAGGUGAACGUGGGCCACCCCUCAGAGGUCGAUGAGAUCUUCGACGCCAUCUCCUACAGCAAAGGAGCAUCUGUGAUCCGCAUGCUUCACAACUACAUCGGAGAUGAGGAUUUUAGGAAAGGAAUGAACGCAUAUCUUUUGAAGUUCCAACAUAAAAACGCUUCGACAGAGGACCUAUGGGACUGUCUGGAACAGGCCAGUGGGAAACCCAUCGCUGCUGUGAUGGGCUCUUGGACCAAGCAGAUGGGCUUCCCAAUUAUCGUGGUGGACCAGGAGCAGCAAGGUGACGACCGCAUCCUUAAGAUCUCUCAGAAGAAGUUCUGUGCCAGUGGACCUCACAAUGGUGAGGAUUGUCCCAGCUGGAUGGUCCCUAUUAGUAUCUGUACCAGCGAGGACCCGAAAUGCACCAAGCUCAAGGUUCUGCUGGACAGACCAGAGACCACCAUCACUAUCAACGGGGUUGGCUCAGACCAGUGGGUCAAGAUCAACCCCGGCACCGUGGGCUUCUAUCGUAUCCAGUACAGCUCGUCCAUGCUGGAGAGUCUGCUGCCGGGCGUCAGAGACCUCAGCCUGCAGCCCGUGGACCGGCUGGGCCUGCAGAACGACCUCUUCUCCCUGUCUCGUGCAGGGAUGAUCAGCACGGUGGAGGUGCUGAAGCUGAUGGAGGCAUUCGUCAACGAGCCAAACUACACGGUGUGGAGCGACCUCAGCUGUAACCUGGGAGUUCUGUCCUCAUUGCUGUCCCACACCGACUUCCACGAGGAGAUCCAGGAGUUUAUCAGAGACCUGUUCACCCCCAUCGGCCUGGAGCUCGGCUGGGACAGCAAACCAGGGGAAGGUCACCUGGACGCCCUGCUCAGAGGUCUGGUACUGGGGAAGCUUGGUAAGGCAGGACACAAACCCACGCUUGAGGAGGCCCGGCGGAGAUUCAGGGACCAUGUGGAUGGCAAACAGGUUCUCCCUGCAGACCUCAGGAGCCCGGUGUAUUUAACAGUCCUGAAGCAUGGAGACAGCACCACAUUGGAUACAAUGCUAAAGCUCCACAAACAGGCCGACAUGCAGGAGGAGAAGAACCGCAUCGAAAGAGUGCUUGGCGCCAUCUCUGCCCCUGACCUCAUCCAGAAAGUCCUCACCUUCGCCCUCUCGGAAGAGGUCCGUCCCCAGGACACAGUGUCGGUAAUCGGGGGCGUGGCAGGAAGUAGUAAACAAGGCCGGAAGGCUGCCUGGAAGUUUGUCAAAGAUAACUGGGAGGAGCUUUACAACCGCUACCAGGGCGGCUUCCUCAUAUCACGGCUCAUCAAGCUCACAGUCGACGGAUUUGCCAUCGAUAAAAUGGCGGCUGAAGUAAAGAGUUUCUUCGAGAGUCAUCCAGCGCCGGCGGCUGAGCGUACGGUUCAGCAGUGCUGCGAGAACAUCCUCCUCAACGCCGCCUGGCUGAAGCGCGACGCAGACGACAUCCACCAGUAUCUACUGCAGCGCAAAGCUCCCCCCGUCUGAGCCACCGCUCCCCCACUGCCCCGCCUCCUCCAGCCCCCUUCCCCCCUCCCUCCAGCGCGGACCUCCCAGCAUCAUAGCUGCCUCGGCCCCCCCUCGACACGGAGCAGAGCGGGAGAGCAGAGCGUACUUUACAGCUUCAUUUCUCUACAGAAACUGUCCAAAAACACGGCGGCACAGCCAAGAUUCCCGGAGCUUUGGAAACUCAGAGAGACUGUCUGGACGUUAACGAAGCCGAUCAUCUUAGUCAGACCAGGAAUGUAGUUUUAGCCCCACUCUGCCCUCCAGUAAGGUUACCGAGCAUCCACGCUAACGCUGCUUCACCCGCCCCGUAUGCACUCCUCGUCCAUCUCUGCGCUGUAGCUGAGAAAACUGUGAAUCUUCUCCAUCCUCCUCUUUUCUUCUACUGCCUAAAUUUAAAAUGCAUGAAGCGUGAUUUUUCUGCAUUUGCUGCUUUGUUUACUUCUGUUUGUUUUCUGCACAAACAAAUCAUUUGUUAAUAAUUUGUUAUUUUUGAUUCUUUUUCCCUCCCUUCUCUCAUUUAGGCUGGCUACACACUUGAGAACUAAAACGUUUAAAAAACCUGUGAAACCAGAGGCAAAAAGGACAAACCUAACCAAGCUUUAACACAGUAGUCCUGUGAUUGUACACCAGAGGAUUUAGACACCAUGCUCCUGUUCCUAGUGAUGGUUUCACAGAUUCCUCAGACAGAUCUCUCAGAAACACAGGAUUAAACCUGACUCCAGACAAAAACAAACUUAGAGGAUGUUUGACGUCAGCUGUCUGGGCUUUUUGUGGCAGAAAACAUUAAAAAAGAGAGAAAAUAGUGAAAUCCUGGCUAAGAUGGUAUAGUCACAGUAGUUUGCACCGCCAUGUUUGUGAGGUGUAAAAGUGAACAACAUCUGGCUGCUGAUGUUUCUUUGCCUGUUGCUCUCGCUGGCUUCUGUUGGGAAAAGCCUGACCUAACCUGACCCCGUCAGCGUUUUUAACGGCCAACAGAGUUUUAGUUUGAAAUGAGAAAUUUAAAAUCAAGAAACAAAACAGAAAAAAACAAACCUGCCCUUGACCUUUUCAGUCAGUCUCUAUUAAACUGGGAUUCAAGAAAAUAAACCAUUUUACUUUAUUUGUUUUUGUUAUAUUUUUCAUAUUCAUUUUCCAAAAUAAAGGAAUAAACAAAAAAAAUGUUUUUCCAUCUUGCUUUUUGUGUUUUGAUCAUUAAAGGAAAAUCAAAAAACAGAACUCUGGUGAUGUAACAUUCUUUCCUACUGUGUGUGUGACCUGCUGCAGGUGUUCUUGGGAAAAAAAGAAUGUUACAUCAGCAGGAUUCUUUGAUUUGAUGUCUUUUAUUAGAACACAAAAACAAAAAGAUGAAAAAUUAACUGUUUCUCUUUUCCACAGUUCUUUUUGGGAAAACUGAGAAAUUAGAUUUUUAUUUUAUUUUUAUUUAUCGCAUUGCUUUUAGGUUCUGAUCAGAGAACAAAAUACUGGUGAUGUAACAUUCUUUUUUCCUUGCCAGUGACCUGCUGCAGAGGUCACGAAAUAAAAGGAUGUUACAUCACCAAUGUUCUAUUCUUUUAUCAGACACAAAAAAUAAGAUGGAGAAACAGUUUCUAAAUGUUUCAUAUUCCAAUAAGAAUUAGUAAAAAAAGAUAAACAGUUCAUUUUUCAUCUUAUAAUAUUUUUGACACAUAAAUGUAUAUUAUCGUAUUAAACUGAGAAUAAAAAAAUGAAUAACAAAGGAAAACAUUCUUUCUUUUCUGUUUUUUGUUUUCCUUUUAUCCCACCAAAUAAAAACACGCUAAGGAAAAAUUGUUAAUUUUUCAUCAACAAAGGAAGAUAAAAAAGUAAACAGGUGGGGUAACAUUCUUUUCUUUUUUCAGAAUACCUGCAGCAUGUCACAUACGAGAAAAUAGAAUGUUACAUCACCAGUGUUCUGUUCUUUGAUCUUCCUUUUUUGAUCAGAACACAAAAACAAUGACAUAAUUUUCUUUUGGAACAGAAAGCCAAACUGAAAACCAUUAAUGGUUUUGUUUGAAUUUUUAAAACGUUCUUAUGUAAUAAGAACUUUUAAGAAAAGGCAUGUUUCCAUGAUUUUUUUAUUUCUUUCCAAAUUUAAAAUCCGUUGGCCGUAAAAUGCUCUGACCAAUCAGGCCACGUUUUCCUGAUGAUUGAGGGUAAUUUGGCCCUGAAAUGGUCCAGUAUGUCGCCAGCCUCAGCGUUCACACCCCCUCCCCCUCCUUCCUCUUUUUUGGGCGUUGUGAUUGGGUGACAGCCGGCGGCGUGCGGGCAGGCUGGGGUUAAAAGCGGUAGCGUGUGUUUGUGGUAGUUUCCAACAGCACUGAUUCUCCAUUUGCUAAUAAACGGUUAGGAUGAGGCGAGCAGCGCUAGCAUGGUACUACAUUGUAAACUGUAUAAUGCAAGCAUUUUUUGCGGACAAUGUUCCUUUUAAAAAGAGAAAAGUUCAUGGUUUCCUGUCUCCCCUCCCUCCUCCCUCUCAAGUUUGUAAAGUUUGAAUCGACAUAUUUAAACCCCCUCGUUUUCUUUCUCACUGAAAUGAAGAUAUCAGCGUGUUUUAUAAGACAUCAGAUGCAGUGAUUUAUUUAAAUGUUGAGAUAAUCUUAUAUUCUGAGGAGAGAAGAAAAAAAAAAAAAAAGAUCACAACACUACUUCUUCGGGGCCUUUUAUUCUGAAAUUACAUCAGGAAACGCCUCUCAAUUAGGGCCGAGGCCCGGUGCGGACUUUGUGUGGACGUGGCAGAUCGACUCCGCUGUCAAACCUUUGGAAGCCUUAAAUCGGUCGACCGGUUUGCAGUUCCUGUUGAAACACUGAAGAGAUCGUAGGUGGCUUCCACAUGCCGUCAGAUGUAUCUAAUGUGACAGAUUAUGCAGACUUGUUGAGCGAGUAUAUCUAUUAUAGAAUUUACAAUUUGAUGUGGUUUUUGAAAACAUACCGACCAAGUCAUCCAAGCUGUUGUCGAGACUCUUCCCCCCGUCCUGGAACAUUUGUUGUUGGGUUUUUUUCUGUUUGUUUUCUUUUAUUUUGUUUAAACUCCAGUUGGUGUUCAUUAAAGUGAUAAAGGAUGAUAAAAACACAAAGAAACCAUGUGAAAUCCGUAGCGGUGAGAGUGAGUGUGCAUGCCUGGAAACAGAUCUGUAUUCAUUUAGAAUUAUCUCACAGGCAACAGGAUGAUCAUACAAACGGUUAAAGCGGCCCUGACACCGAUCUGUCUGUGUGUAAAUGUAAAUACGACAGCCGAGCUCCACCUAAAGAGAAUUAAACAUGGUGACGGGUAGACGACUGCAGAGAGAAAAGCUAAAUGUCUUUAUGCUUUCAUAAGUGUCUGUAGAGUAUCGUCAGGCAGCGUUUGGCCGCUAGAUUCAUGUGUGGACUGUGCAGACGUUCAUGUUUUCAUGUCUUUUUCUAAUGAAUCUGAGUUUAGCUCAACAUGUGGGAUGUUUCUGUGGCUCUGGUUUAAAGAUCUGUCACACAGGACAGCUUUGACUUCACCGAUGCCAAGGCAAACGUAAAUAUGCAGUCCAAUAAAGUCACACUUGAUGAUA